AUGAAAGCCAGUCUACUACUGGCCUUUAGCACGGCCGUCCAAGCCGCUCACUACUCCAAGGAAGAAUAUGCAUCUGGCGCGGUUCAUCAGCGCAUACUCGAUAUCAAAACUGCGAAGUGGGAUGCCCUCGCAGCCGCUGGGGCUCUGAAUUCGAGUCAAUGGCCCUCGUGGAAGAAUUGGGACCAGCUCGACCGCAAAAUCAAACGCGACCGACUGCAAUGCCGAGAUGGCGUCGCCGUCGCUGAGAAGGGCAACCCCAUGCAGACAUUUCGAUGCAACAAUAUGGAUCUCUACGAUUUCCUGAAUCACGACGACAUGGGCGGAGGUGAAGCUGACCCUACUCUCCCAACCCGUUUGGGUUCUUCUGUCUGGGGAUGGGUAUCUCCUACAGGUCGUCAGAUCGCUCUGAUUGGCCAAUUCACUGGCACAGCAUUCGUCGAGAUUGACCGCAAAGGGAAAAUGACCUAUCUGGGCCGUCUCCCAGCCCAAGACAGCGUUGGGUCUGCCUGGCGCGAGAUUCGUGUUCUCAAAAAUCUUGCCAUCAUUGGCAGUGAAGCCGUGGGACACAACGUUCAGAUCUUCGACAUGAACAAGGUUGCCAACAUCAACCCCAAGACACCGGUCACGUUCAACAAAGACACUGAUCUUGUCGGUCUCUUCGACGACCUGCCACGCGGUCGUGCUCACAACGUCGUCGUGGACUGGGAUAAUGAGUAUGCCAUUGCCGUCGGAGCUCAACCCCGGAACCAGUCGUGUGCAGCUGGYCUCGAAUACAUCGACCUCAGCGAUCCCUCCAACCCCACCAAGCCCGGAUGCGCAAGCUCUGAUGGAUACACUCACGAUGCUCAGUGUGUCACUUACAAUGGCCCCCACAAGAAGUAUGUGGGGAGGAACAUUUGUGUCGCCUACAAUGAAGAUUCCGUUACCGUCUGGGACUCGACAAGUAAGGCUAACUCUACCAUGAUCGGACGACUGGAUUAUUCGGGAGCUACAUACUGCCACCAAGGCUGGUGGACCAAGCGCAACUGGCAUCAGUUCGUCCUGGUCAAUGACGAACUUGAUGAGCUCGAUGCUGUUGGCGAUGCUGCUAGCGGACGACCCAUCACUCACAUCAUCGACCUGACGGAUCUCGAAAACCCCAAGAAGACCGGAUUCUUCUACGCUGCCGAUCAAAAGGCCCCCGAUCAUAAUCUUUACAUCGAGAAGGGAGUGCUCUUUCAAAGUAACUACGGCGCUGGAGUAUGGGUUCAGGACGUCAGAUCCAUUGAGAAGUAUCCGGAUGGCUCGCGUGUCAAAGUUCUUGCGUUCUUCGAUAUGCAUCCUGAAGACGAUGCCGUUGGAGGGGCGGUGGAGUUUGUCGGAAGCUGGGGUAACUAUCAGUUCCCAAGUGGAUUUAUUGUUGCCAACACGUUUGAGCGCGGUGCAUAUGUUCUGCGAGUUGCUUCUGGCAGAGGAAGGAAUGGUGGGAAAUACGGCUUCGGUGGUCCUUCCAUCGGCGAGUAG